ACCAGUCCCCGCCUUCCGCAGCUCCUCCCUCACGGCCGGGCGCUGGCUGGGAAGGCUUGCAGAGCCCUGGCGGCCAGAGACCCUGGCGCUCCCGGGGGGGCGGCAGCCUCGUGCAGCCGCUGUCUCGGUGGCGGCGUUGGGGGAAAGCGUCUCCGGCCUGCCGGUUCCGGACUCCCCGGGCAGACGCCGCUUCUUUUCCAAUCCUUGCGUCCUCGCCCACCGCCCGCCAGGCCAGACAGGCACAGGAAAGAAUGAUGCUAUACUGUGCCAUUCCUUUAUUGGCACAGUACAGAAGUACAGAUAAUGGAUUCUGAAUUAAUGCACAGUAUAGUAGGAAGCUAUCUUAAACCUCCAGAAAGAGUGUUUGUUCCAUCAGUCACCCAGAGUGAUGAAUCAUCUCAGACUCACUAUUCUGUGAACUUAGAAGUUACCUCUCCUAAAAUGCUUCAUAGUCCAAAUAGCCAAGCUCUUAUUUUAGCCUUAAAAACUCUUCAGGAAAAGAUUCAUCGUUUAGAGUUAGAGAGAACACAAGCUGAAGAUAACCUGAACAUUCUUUCCAGAGAAGCGGCACAGUAUAAAAAGGCCUUGGAGGAUGAAACAAAGGAGAGAAAUCUGGCACACGAGGAACUGAUAAAGCAGAAAAAAGAUAUAAGUAUGCAGUUAAGCUCAGCCCAGUCUCACUGUACCCUUCUAGAGAAACAACUAGAAUAUACAAAGAGAAUGGUUCUCAACGUAGAGCGAGAGAAGAAUAUGAUCCUAGAACAACAGGCCCAGCUUCAAAGGGAAAAAGAACAGGAUCAUAUGAAGCUGCAAGCAAAACUUGAAAAGCUUGAUGUCUUAGAAAAAGAAUGUUUUAAACUUACAACAACUCAGAAAACUGCUGAGGGCAAGAUUAAACAUUUAGAGGAAAAACUAAAGGAAGAAGAACAUCAGCGUAAGCUCUUUCAAGACAAAGCUUCUCAGCUUCAAACUGGACUUGAAAUCAGUAGAAUUUUUAUGUCUUCAGUAUCAAAUCCAAAGUGCUCCAAGGAAAAGAAGAAAUCUUCAAAGAAAACUAAAUGUUUAAAGAGAGGACCACCUCAGCAAAUUUAUUCAAAGUUUGGAUCACUGCCUAUUGUGGCUGAGAAGUCUGCCAGUGCAGGCCAUUCCAGGAAUGCAAGUACACAAAAUCUGCAGACAAUGCAACAUUACAGGCCACAUAUCCUUCAGAAACUGGCUGAAGUUUCUGAACCUAGAUGUCUCUACAAGCCUUCUAGAACAACUUCUCAAUGUGAAGCUGUACCUUCUGACUCAGAAAAGUCCAUUUCCAUUUGUAACAAUUUGUCUGAACUUUUGAUGGCAAUGCAAGAUGAGCUGGACCAAAUGACUAUGGAGUACCAAGACCUGCUGAAUCAAAUGAAAGAAACCGAAAGCCAAUCAGUCUGUGAAAACAUAGAAUGUGAACUAGAACAUUUAGUCAAGAAAAUGGAAAUUAAAGGAGAACAAAUUUCCAAACUAAUGAAGCAUCAAGACAGUGUCCGCAAACUGCAGCAAAAAGUUCAGAAUUCGAAGAUGAGUGAAGCUUCAGCUAUUCAGAAAGAAGAUAGCAACUGUAAAGGAUCAAAGAACAUAAAAAAUAGCCCCAGAAAAUGUUUGCUAACUAACUCUCCUCAAAAGAACAGAAACUUUCGUCCAGUACGAGUCCAUAAUCUUCAAAUGAAAUUGAGAAGAGAUGAUAUCAUGUGGGAACAGUAACACAAUAGCAAAACUGUCACCUUAAAUGAACUUUGUCAGUGAGAUCUUGAACUAUCUAAAGUGGUUUUAAUUUAAUAUACCUUUAUGAAAUUUUGAAUUAUGUUUCUAGCCUCUAUAAA